CAUUUCUAAUGAAAAACUUGCGUCAUUCUUACUUUCAUGGAGAGAAUGUAAUUUUCUGAGCCACCUAGCGAAUUGUCUUGAUAAGAUUUAUAUGACAUUUGUGUGUGACUCUUCUUUACCUGUGAAAUGGCUGUAGUAAUUUAAGAAAAAACUUUCUGCCGUGUCGUGAAAAGGAACAUUUGUUCUGUAUGUAAAACACAUUCCAGUAACGUCAAAAUUUCAUGUAACUAUAUUUUCAUGAAUAAGCAACGUGUUAAAAUUCGUAAACUUCUCAUAAAUAAUUAUGUAAAAUGAAAAUAAUAAAGUAAAGAAAUCAAUUUUAAGUGUUAAACAGAGUAAAAUAUUAUUUAUAAGAGAGAUAUUUAAUUAUAAAAGAUAAUGUAACGCCCCUUCGAUACGUCAUAAUUAAGAUGGAAAUUAAUCUAAAAUUAUAGGGGUUCGAUUAUCAAUAACUAUUUGAUAAUUACAAAGUUGAAGAAAAGAUGCUUACGUCAACAUAUAUUGACAUUUUUAACCUCGUUUCUUACUUAUCUAAAAUAUCACCGUUUAAAUCAGUGCAUACCUGUUAGGUGAAGAUUAUUUGAGCCACUUGGAUUUUCUAUCGACGAUGCGAAAUAAUUCUAAAACAAGAGAAAUGUUUAUAGUAAGAGCUUUAGAAAAGAUUCUCGCUGAUAAGGAUGUUAAACGUUCCCACUUGUCACAGCUCCGAAAAGCUUGCGAGUCAGCAUUAGAUGAUUUACGCAAUGAAAUAAAGGAAAUACCUAACAUUCAAGGAGAAGAAACAAUUUCUAAUGCAUUACCUCAACCAAAAAAUGAUUCGAAUGUUAUUUCAGCUGAAAAAUAUUUUUUACCUUUCGAACUGGCAUGUCAAAGUAAAUCUCCAAGAAUAGUUGUUACUGCUCUAGACUGUUUACAAAAACUUAUUGCUUAUGGGCACCUAACUGGAAGUGUUCCUGAUUCAACAGAUCCUAAUAAAUUACUAAUAGUGAGAAUAGUUGAAACGAUAUGCAGUUGUUUUAUGGGCCCACAAACUGAUGAGGGAGUACAACUUCAAAUUAUCAAAGCGUUAUUGACUGUCAUGACUAGUCAGCAUGUAGAAGUACACGAAGGAACUGUACUUUUAACGAUACGAACUGUUUAUAAUGUUUAUUUAGCAUCAAGAAAUCUUGUUAACCAAACAACCGCUCGAGCUACUCUUACACAGAUGAUUAAUGUAAUCUUUGCCCGUAUGGAAACACAAGCGGAAGAUGAAACUUUAAGAAACGUUGAUACUUCUCAUCAUCUUGAAACACCUGUUACUUCCAUAAUACCAAAAGUAGAAGUAGAAUGUGAUACACCAUCAAUCACUGAACCUAUUUUAGAUGCUUCGUUUGAAUCACAUCAAAUUGUUGGUGAAAUUCUUGAUGAUAUUGUUAAUUCAGUUGUGUCAGAAGAUUCUCUUCCUCCUGACACAUUACAAUCUGAAGAGCCUAAUACCGAUCAAAUACCUACUGAUGACAAUACUGAUGAAACAACUGUUGAAAAUGACAAUAUGGUAACAGCUAAAUUUACACAUGUACUUCAAAAAGAUGCAUUUCUUGUAUUUCGAGCUCUUUGUAAAUUAUCUAUGAAACCUCUACCAGAUGGAACACCUGAUCCCAAAUCACAUGAAUUAAGAUCUAAAAUAUUAUCAUUACAAUUACUAUUAGGCAUUUUACAAAAUGCUGGACCAAUCUUACGAUCAAAUGAAAUGUUUGUUAUUGCAAUUAAACAAUACUUGUGUGUUGCAUUAUCUAAAAAUGGUGUAUCAUCCGUUCCAGAAGUAUUUGAAUUAUCUUUGGCGUUAUUCCUUGCGUUAUUAGCAAAAUUUAAAAUACAUUUAAAGAUGCAGAUAGAAGUAUUUUUUAAAGAAAUAUUUAUGAAUAUAUUAGAAACAUCAAGUAGUUCAUUUGAACAUAAAUGGAUGGUGAUUCACGCAUUAACUCGUAUUUGUGGAGAUGCUCAAAGUGUUGUAGAUAUAUACGUAAAUUAUGAUUGUGACCUUUCGGCUGCUAAUUUAUUUGAACGACUUGUUAAUGAUUUAUCAAAAAUAGCACAAGGUCGUCAGGCUUUAGAACUCGGAGCUUCGCCUAAUCAGGAAAAGUCUAUGCGAAUUCGUGGUCUUGAAUGUUUAGUGUCUAUUUUAAAGUGCAUGGUUGAAUGGAGUAGAGACCUUUAUGUCAAUCCUGGUACUCCUAUUGAUCAACAAUUGUCUACAGAACCUCUAGAUCCACCGCCUGAUCCAUCAUUACCAAGAUAUGGAAGUGCUGGGAGUCUUUCUUCUGUUAAUUCUAGUCUCACAGGCAGUAAGGAAUUCGCAGAUUCACCAGAACAAUUUGAAGUUCAAAAACAACAAAAAGAAGUAUGGGAAGCAGGUAUAGAAAUGUUUAAUAGAAAGCCGAGUAAGGGGAUACAAUAUCUUCAAGAACAAGGUUUACUUGGUAAUUCUCCUGAUGACGUUGCACGUUUCCUUCACAAUGAUGAACGAUUAGAUAAAACAGCAAUUGGAGAUUUCUUAGGAGAUCAUAAUCAUAAUCAAGUUAUGUAUAACUACAUUGAUCAAAUGGAUUUUGCUAACAGAGAUUUAGUUACAGCUCUUAGAUAUUUUCUUGAAGGUUUCCGACUUCCUGGUGAAGCUCAAAAAAUAGACAGAUUAAUGGAAAAAUUUGCUAGUAGAUAUUGUGAAUGUAAUCCAAAUAAUGGACUAUUCACCAGUGCCGAUACUGCCUAUGUUUUGGGAUUCUCAAUAAUUAUGUUAACUACAGAUUUGCAUUCCCCCCAAGUAAAAAAUAAAAUGACUAAAGAGCAAUAUAUCAAAGUAAAUCGACAUAUUAGUGAUAAUGAAGAAUUACCCGAAGAAUAUCUAUCAAAAAUUUAUGAUGAAAUUGCUGGCAAUGAAAUCAAAAUGAAAUCACAUCCAAAUCGGCCUGGUAAACAAGUUAUAUCAAGUGAAAAAAAACGACGAUUAUUGUGGAAUAUGGAAAUGGAAUUAAUAUCAACAGCUGCAAAAAAUUUAAUGGAUUCCGUUAGUCACGUUCAAGCACCAUUUACAACUGCUAAACAUUUAGAACAUGUUCGACCAAUGUUCAAAAUGGCUUGGACACCGUUCUUAGCAGCUUUUAGUGUUGGUCUUCAAGAUUGUGAUGAUCCAGAAAUUGCUUCACUUUGUUUAGAUGGUAUUAGAUGUGCUAUUCGUAUUGCAUGUAUUUUUCAUAUGACGCUCGAGCGUGAUGCAUAUGUUCAAGCUCUAGCAAGAUUUACCUUGUUAACGGCAAAUUCUCCAAUAACUGAAAUGAAAGCUAAAAACAUUGAUACCAUUAAAACUUUAAUUACAAUAGCCCAUACAGAUGGCAAUUAUUUGGGAAACUCUUGGUUAGAUGUGGUCAAAUGCAUAUCUCAAUUGGAACUUGCUCAAUUAAUUGGCACGGGAAUUAGACCUCAACUUCUUGGUCCUCCAUCCAAGCCAUAUUUUCCAUUACCACUAAACAAUUUUACAAAUCUCACACAUAAUAAUCUACAUCAAAAUAAUAAUCUUAAUUUGAGUUCACUUGAUCCAAGUGUUAAAGAAUCAAUUGGUGAAACAAGUUCACAAAGUGUUGUGGUAGCAGUAGAUAGAAUUUUUACGGGAUCAACAAGAUUAGAUGGUGACGCUAUUGUAGAAUUUGUAAAAGCACUAUGUCAAGUAUCUUUAGAAGAGUUGUCUCAUCCAACUCAACCUCGUAUGUUUUCAUUAACAAAAAUAGUAGAGAUAUCGUACUACAAUAUGGGACGUAUUCGACUACAAUGGUCAAGAAUUUGGCAAGUUGUUGGAGAUCAUUUUGAUCGAGUAGGAUGCAGUCCAAGACAAAAUAUUGCAUUCUUUGCAGUUGAUUCUCUUCGGCAACUUGCAACUAAAUUUAUUGAAAAAGGAGAAUUUGCAAAUUUUAGGUUUCAAAAAGAAUUUUUGAGACCGUUUGAACAUAUUAUGAAAAAAAAUAGAUCUCCAGUAAUACGUGAUAUGGUUGUGAGAUGUGUAGCUCAAAUAGUUCAUUCUCAAGCACCUAAUAUCCGAUCAGGAUGGAAGAAUAUUUUCAGUGUUUUUCAUCAUGCAGCUAGUGAUCGUGAUGAAUCUGUUGUUGCUUUAGCAUUUAAGAUGACAGGAAAAAUUAUUAAUGAGUUAUAUGCUGAAGAUUUCAGUAUUAUGGUAGAUUCGUUUCAAGAUGCCGUUAAGUGCCUCAGUGAAUUUGCCUGUAAUACAUCCUUCCCUGAUACAAGCAUGGAAGCUAUAAGACUGAUCCGUACGAGUGCCUCAUAUAUUGAUGCUAAUCCUCAGAUGUUUGCCGAAGGUAUGAUGGAUGAUAAUGGAAUGGUUUCCGAGGAUGAUCGAUCAUGGGUAAGAGGUUGGUUUCCAUUAUUAUUCGAACUUUCUUGUGUUGUUAGUAGAUGUAAGCUUGACGUAAGAACUCGUGCGCUUACGGUAUUAUUCGAUGUUGUGAAAACGUAUGGUGCUUCGUUUAAACCUCAUUGGUGGAAGGAUUUGUUUCAAGUACUUUUUAGAAUUUUUGAUAACAUGAAACUUCCAGAACAGCAUACGGAGAAAGCUGAAUGGAUGACAACAACCUGUAAUCAUGCGCUGUAUGCAAUAGUUGAUGUAUUCUCGCAGUUUUAUGAUAUACUAGGUCCUCUUCUUUUAGGACAAUUGUAUUCUCAAUUAUUAUGGUGUGUUCAACAGGAUAAUGAACAAUUAGCAAGAUCUGGUACAAAUUGUCUAGAAAAUUUAGUAAUAAGUAAUGGUAUUAAAUUCGAUGAAGAGACAUGGACAAAAACUACACGUUGUAUCUUUGAUAUUUUUGAAAGUACUUUACCAUCAAUUUUACUCACUUGGAAACCGCCAAUAAUGAAUAAAGAAUCAGAUCUUGAAAUGAUAACAGGAGAAAGUGAUAAUAACGUAGGAAUAUUAAAAAGAAGUAAUAGUACUCAAAGUUUAGUUAACAAUACAGAUCUUUCAAGAUUAAAAUUAUUUUCUUCAUUAUUAAUAAAAUGUGUGGUUCAAUUGGAAUUGAUUCAAACAAUAGAUAAUAUAGUAUUUUAUCCGGCAACUUCAAAAAAAGAAGAUCAAGAACAUUUAGCUUUAGCUCAAGCAGAUAUAAUGAACGGAAGAUCAAGUGAUUCAGGACUAGAUGGUUCAGGAUAUGAACAAAGGGAAGAACAAGGAAUGUACUGUGCAUUAAAUACACUUCAUCUUCUUCAGCUUGUUGAUUGUCUUUUACGAUCACAUAGAUUUGCUAAAAGUUUCAAUGUUAAUAAUGAACAACGAAAUAUUCUUUGGAAAGCAGGCUUUCGUGGUAAUGUUAAGCCUAAUUUGUUGAAACAAGAAACUCAAUCAUUAGCAUGUUCACUUCGAAUCCUCUUUAAAAUGUAUAAUGAUGAAGCGCACAGGAGUAAUUUGUCUACAAUUGAAUCUCAUCUGGUAGAAAUAUCUAGAGAAGCGUUGGAAUACUUUUUAGCACUAUCCAAUGAAGCACAUCGAGAUGCAUGGACUCCAAUUUUAUUAUUACUCUUAAAUAAGAUACUGAAAAUGAGUGAUAAUCGUUUUGCAAUACAUGCUGCUAAUUGUUAUCCCUUAUUGUGUGAAGUAAUGUGUUUUGACUUAAAGCCAGAGCCACGUUCUGUUCUUCGCCGAUUUUUUCUUCGGAUUGGUACAGUCUUCAGGAUUACACAAAUGUAAUAAAAGAAUAAUUAUUGUAUUUAAUAACUGUAAAACAAAUGAACAUAUAGAUAAGUCAAAA